UCGGCGGUUAAGCUAAUGGCUACCCUCAUAAUAGCUCUCCGUAACGCCCACCGUGUCAUUACUACUUCCGCCGUCGCCGGCCGUUCAACCACCGUUUUCAGGUACACAUUAACCCUUUUCUCGUUGCACGUUUGUUUGCUUUUGUCAAUUAUCACAUUAGCAAGAAAUUUGCUCUUCAUCAGGCCACAGUAUGGUUGGAUUUCAAGAUAUUAUUGUUCCACUGAUUUUAGUUACGCCCAGCCAUUGAACAUCGAUCUUUCUAACGAAGAAAGCAAAAGACGCCUCUUUAACAGAUUUCUGUAUAGGAGCAAACAAAGAGGGUUUUUGGAGCUGGAUUUGGUUUUGGGAAAAUGGGUUGAACAACAUAUCCACUCCGUGGAUGAAAAUGGAAUUAAAGCUCUUAUUCACGUCCUUGAUUUGGAAAACCCCGACCUCUGGAAAUGGUUAACCGGUCAAGAACAACCACCUGAAGCAGUGACUGUUAAUCCUGUUUUCUCUGAACUGCAAGAGAAGGUCUUGAAAAACCUAGACUACUAUUCCUCCCCCGAGACCCGAGCAACCCCUGCCCAGCCAGGGGUGAGAGGGUGGGACGAUAUCAAGAAGGGCCGCGAUGGCCCGAUCACCGGAAAUCGGUAGCCUUUUGUUUUCCUUUGAGAUAGCAGGUUCUGAAGAUCGUUUAGUUUGAACAUAUUAGUAUUCGUGUAUGUUUUUGUUCGAUACGGUAUAUCAGAAUACGAAUAAGGGUGGCUGCAUUGCUGAGUUGCUGCAGUGGAGAUGGAGAUUUAUAGCAUAAGAAUUGGGGCUUGAAUUGCCAUUUUUUAUCUGUGCUUUAGCAAAUGGUUAUGAAAUAAAGAUAUCGGUUAAGAUUACAUG